GUAUAUGUGUCAGGUUUGAGCCUCAGCGGACGCCGUAGUCAAACAGGAAGUUUUUAGUGUAUACCGCGGCGAUUUUGUCUUGGACCAACAGAAAUCCAAAUUUCAUUGUUAUGGACGUGGACCCCCUGCAGCUGUUUCGGGACCAGUUUAAUCCGCACAGUGAAGCUGAAGUCAAAUGGCUGGAAGCAAUAUUUAAUUUCAUCAAAGAUCAUGUAUGUCCUGUAGUCUGUGGCUCCGGUGGCACCGACUCCUGCUGUCGGACAGCCCAUCAGUGUGCAUCUGAACUGAGUGUGUGUCUGCUAAAGAGAAUAGAAAAGAUCAUGUCCUCCACACGCACGUUACCUGUCAGCUACAGGUUGGUGUGUGUCUCCGAGCUUCUCUCCCACCAGCGCCUGGCCUGUGUCAGUAACCUGUCGUGGAGCACCAAUCAGCAGCAGAUGUUGGCCAAGGAGGUGGAGCUAUCUCUGCCGGGUCAGCAGACUCUUCCAAGGGCCAACCUGUUGCUGAUUGGCCGUCUGACGCAUCGUGACAACGGCGACUUGAGGCUGAUGGACGCCAGUGGGAGCGUCAGGUGUGAGGUUUUGUCGCCGUCACCUCUGUGGUUGGAUUGUCUUGUCUUCCUGCCUCACUGGCACUACAUCCCCCAGAAUGUUUCAAAGCAAAAUCAGCAAGAGGCUCAAGGCUACGUGGAGCUGAUUGGAUCUCCUGUUCUGCUGUGUCCUGGUCUUGCGCAUGGAUUGGCGACUGUCCCCGGCGCAAAGGCGGAACCUAAAAUAGCAGUCAGUGUCACAGAAGCUGCAGCCUUAGUACACAAAAGGGUCCGAGGACAGCGUUUGUCUGUUUGCGGCCAGGUAGCUUUUGUCUGCCCUCUGCUGGUUGUAGCAGGAACUUCCUUCUUCUGCUUCAUCCUGACAGAUAACACACACACAAUACCUGUACUGGUGAAGGACAGGAGCAGGCUGUGGUGGAUACACUGUGUGUCUGUCGGGGCGUGUGUGUGUGUGACAGCGCUACGUGUGUGUUUCCUGCGAGCCUGGAAAGGAAGCAUCCUGUGUGUGACUGAAAACUCUCAAAUACACAAGACACACCAUCAGCCACACACACCCACCCCAGCAGAGGACACACCACAAGCCGCACCCCCCUCACUGACGAUGACUCACCCGGAAGAGGAACAACCUGAGACAUGCCCGGUCCAAUCAGUGGUCAGGAUCAAACAGUCCAGAGUCAUCAGUUACCAGGGCACAGUGACUGAGGUGGUGAGUGAGGGGGCGGGUCUGUACAUAUUGGACAGGAUGAUGGGUCUGUGUCUGGCCUAUCAGCCUACACUAAGGAGGAAGCUGCGAGUGGGAGACACAGUGCAGCUCCAUCACGUUCACUUCCUGUACCGGCCCUGUCCUGAUUUUCCUCCCAGCAUGCUUUGCACUUGUCUGCGCUCCACUUUGACGGUGACAAACUUCAGCAGGGUGCUCGGCUCAGCCCCCGACUGUAGCUGCCCUGGUGAUGGCGUGUUGUCACGGUUACUGGUGGAGCGGAACGCGGGUGUCUCCCAGUACCUGUGGGCGUGCCACUUGAGUGGCCAGCUGAGACGUAGUCUCUUUCCCAGCCCGGCGACGCAGUGUGUGUGUGUGUUGUCAUGGAAACUGAUGGAGAUUGUGUUGGGACAAGAGCGACGACCAAGACGGGACAUUUACGCCGAGAUGCUGGACGAGCCUCAUUCUUGUUUGCUGAUGCAGUAUGCUGCUGACUUGGCACCGCAUCAGUACGUCGGCCUAUCAGAGCUCUGCCAGUCUCUCCAGGAGGACUGCUGGGCUUCCUUGUCUCUCAGCUCUCUGCUGCCAGCCGCUGGAGGUGGACUGACAAGAGUCGAGAUGAACACGGCUCUAGCCUGGUCCAGUAGAUCAUUGUCCUCUGAUUCCAGGAACAAGCCUGGAAAGACGCUCAGAGAGCGCCCCCUUCUGCUGGUGGGCAUGUUGGAGCUUCCAUCUCGCACGUCGCAACACGCACUGCAGCUGAGAGAUAGCACGGGGGUUGUCGCCUGUGUCAUCACAGAAACCACCCAGGAAGAAGGGGGAGGUCAAAGGGCAGUGUUCAAUACCGCAUGGAUAGGUUGUCUAGUGUGUGUCCAGCAGUUCACCAUGGUAACAGAACGAUUCCUUCAAUCAGAUUUUCCCUCCUACCAUCACUUGGAUCAGGACAAGUUCAUCACACACAAACACUGCAGGGUGUACCUCCAGUUCUCUCAGGAUUGUCUCCACAUUCUGAGUCCAUCUGUUGCCAUGGUAACGCACCUGUCCCCAAAAGGGGUGCCGUCAGAAGAUGAAGAGGAGAAGCAACUUGAAUUUGUGGUGGCAAAGAAGAGAAGAGAGGACGAGUACCCAGAAGCCCCCCAGUCCUCUUCCUCCAGCACCACGACGGCCACCUACCACUGCGUCUCGGUGGUCCUCAGGCUGGAGCAGAAGACCGGCGUCACUUGGAUGAAGACCGGAGAAGAGGAGGAAGAGGAGGCUGGACUGACAGCUUCCUUCUCUGCCAAAACCACUGUGGUUGGUCCAGUGGUGAUCUGGGGGCGGGACCCAAAGAACAGGCCGAUGAGAGAGUGUGAGGCGGACAAGGAGAACAAGGUGACUGUGGUGUGUUCAGGUGCAUCAGCUCGCUGGUUUCCUAUCCUCCAGCCGGAAUGUUUCUACAGACUGGUGGUGCCCAACACGCGGGAUCGCGGUGUCUUGUCUGGCCGUGCUGUCUCCGGGCAGAGCCACGACGUCAUUGUCAAGGUCCAAUCUGAUUGGAGGUUUCACACACUGACACACCCACUCCCUGUGCCCACCUACGGGCAGAGUGUUUCGUCCACCGUGUCAUCCGUGUCUCAAGUACUGGACAACAGUUGCGAAGAUGUGGUGUGUUUUCACGGUAUUGUCUCUGAGCGGAUCAAUAUGGACGACAGGACGAGCGACACUGGACACACUCACAUCGGUAGGUCUCUUUCCCCCACACACACACACACACACACACACACACACACACACAUUAAACAACGCAGUUCGCGUGCUGUGUGUUCAGGGUUGCGUCUCACUGUGUGUGACCAAAAUGGGAGGAGCAUCAACGUCUACCUGAAGUUGAAGCACAACACCUACCCACCUGGCCUGUUGCCAGGCAACACACUGAUGCUCUCUGCUUUCCACAGGAGACUCUCCAGGACAGGAAGUGUUUACUGCAGUAAUCUACCCGUCAGCUGUGUGACGGUCAUGCACGUGCAAGACAAAAGUUCCGAGGGAUGCCUACCUGUUCCCAUCAUGCACCUGGGCCAGUGGACUCGACACAGCUGCAGGGUGGCCAGGAUCAAAGGUCAUGUGGUGUGUUUCCUGUUCCUGCAGCUGCAGUGGAAAUGUGCACAGUGUGGGAGUGUGUACAGACGGUCCGCUUGCAAUCAGUGUCGCUCGUCCUCAGGCAGCAUCUUUGACAGCACAGCCAAGUUGGUGAUUGACGACGGCACAGGCGAGGCUCAUGUGCGCUUCUCAGGGACGCACGUUCGUCAGCUACUCGGAUUGGCCGAUUCCCAGUGGGAGGGUCUUCAAAGAGCACUCAAGCUCAGAGGCGACAUCACAGUCUACCCCCGUGGGCGGAGUCCGGCGUGUGACUCCGACGAUUGGUUGCUCUGUUUCCUGUUGUUGUGCGUGCGCAAUGUUGACUCGUUGGCUCUGACCUGCAGCCGACAACACGAGGCCAAAGCAGAAGAGGUGAAAAGGUUGAGUCGUAACAAGCGAGACUUCUUGACCAGGAUGGCCCCGCCCCCAAAGCUCACCUGUCUGCACGUGCACAGCACACAUACAGUUAAAUGUUAAAUUUAUCGCCGUUGUAUCGUCGUUACCCCCCCCAUCUUCGA